AAAAAAAAAAAAAAAAAAAAAACUAUUCUUUAUAAAACACGUUUUGUUCUUUCCUCUUGUUCGUUUGAACUCCUCGUCUCGUCCUCCUUCUCCAUUCUCUCCACUCCUCUCCUCUCAUCUGUAUACAAACACAACAAAGCGAAGAAGCAAAGGGGAUUGUACAUCACUAUUCAUGGAUGAGCAUUCUGGUAAAAAAGCUGUUGAUGGGGUGGUUGUUUCUAGAAAGGGAUCUGCCCUUGUUUUGAGAGAUACUGCUAAUAAUAAAGAUCGAAAUGCUCAAUUUUGCAACCGAAUUGGGUGUAGUGGGAGACUAAACUCUGCAAAAGGUACUCAAAUCAGUUAUUCGGAGAAAGCUAAAUCAUCAAGGCAAUCAUUCCGGUCUCCCUCAAAUGGCAAGGAAAUAAUUGGAAGUUCUUCUAGGACCUGCUCUGCAACCAGCAAUCCUAGGAAAUCUUUUUCAGGGCCUCGGAAAAAGCCAUCUUCUCAGCCAGAAAAGGAUCCAUCUGAAACUGGUAGUUCGCAGGAUGAUCCUGAACUGCCGGACCUUGUAACUCUCAGAAAGGUCCAAAAAGGUCUUGGCUCCGAAUCUGAUGAUGCUGGGCCUAGUGAGAACAACUCAAUGGAAGUUGGUAGCACUAGUAUACCAAGCACAAGAUCUCGUAGGAGUUUUCAGCAGAAAUCAGGAGUAGGAAAACCAGAUACCAUAAUAGGCCCACCCAUUUUGUUGACAUCUAAAAGCACAAGCCAAGGGAUGCAUGCUAGUGCGAACAGGUAUGGUUUAAGAAACCUUAGAUGCAGUUCAUUAUCAGAUGUUGUCCCUACAGGAUCUUCAACAUCAAAACCAAAUUUCCUUAGACGAAAAGACGGGGUCAAGAAGAAAAUUUGUGAUAGAGAAAGUAGUUCCUCUGCCAGAGGGAAGAAAAUAAGUGGUUCAUCAUUGGAAGGGCAGAAUUCUAGUUCCAGCUCUGGUGUCUCUAUUUCCAAUUCAAGAACCAGAAAUGGGACUCCCAGCCAGGACAGUGGUCCUGUGUCAGUUAGGACUCGAAGAUCACUCAAUUACACUAGGACAAGGGUUGCUAAUCACGGAAGUGGGAAUAAUUUAUCACCAAAUGGGCCCCAUGUAAUCCCACAAAUUUCUCAGCCUAUUUUACGAAAUGAUUCAAAUUCACCUACGUCUUCACAUCAAUUCUCUAUGGAAUCCUCCCUAAGUCACUCACGUUCUUAUGGUCUAUCUGGUAGUAGCCAUGAGAGUUUUCGGGGCAUUAGGCCAUCUACUCCUGCAGAAGUUGGUGACAUCCGUUCUUCCAUGAGUCAGGAGAGCUUCUGGCGCCACAAUAUGGAUGGAAUUGCUGAGGUGUUAUUGGCACUUGAAAGGAUUGAACAAGAUGAAGAGCUGACAUAUGAGCAAUUGCUUGUUCUGGAGACUAGUUUGUUCCUUAAUGGGCUGAAUUUCUAUGAUCAGCAUAGAGACAUGAGAUUGGAUAUUGAUAAUAUGUCAUAUGAGGAAUUAUUAGCUCUGGAAGAAAGGAUGGGCUCUGUGAGCACAGCACUAACGGAGGAAGCAUUGUCAGAAUGCCUUAAGACUAGCAUCUAUCAGUCGGCAUAUCUGGAGGAUGCUACUAUGGACCUUUGUGGUGAAAAGGCUGAUGUCAAAUGCAGUAUCUGCCAGGAAGAUUAUGCUGUUGGAGAUGAAGUGGGGAGAUUGCAAUGCGAGCAUAGGUAUCAUGUGGCCUGCAUACAUCAAUGGUUGAGGCUGAAGAACUGGUGCCCCAUUUGCAAGGCAUCGGCGGCACCCUCAUCAUCACCAACAUUACCAUCACCAUCAUCAGUCAAUGAAUAAAUUGGAUGUUUGAGUAUUUUUCAUUUUGUACAAAUCGAGUCUGUCUUCUGCAUCCAUUUUUUAUUUUUCAUAUAUUUUUUUAAGAAAAUUGGAGAUCAUUUUCUUUAAUGUACAUACCAAUUCUCUUUCAUGUCAAUAGAGUAAUAAACUCGGCAACAUUGCCAUUACAAUGAUAACUCCUUUUCAUCUAUAAAACAGAAACUGUGAAUGAAA